AUGCCUCUAGCAAUUCACAUGGAACAAGUUAAAGAAGUUGAUCACCAGCAGCAACCUACACCAUAUGGAUACAAAGCCAUCAAAUGUUUGCAACCGAAAAAGAAAGCAAAAUGGAUGCACAAUGCCGAGGUGGCAGAAGCUAAUCUUCUCAUUGAGAAGCUGACCACAAAAUUGAUUGUGGAAGGCCUGAAUCCGACGGGCCAGAAUUGGCACGGUUUGAAACCGGCGCCAUCGGUUGUGGUCGGCGGCGGCCGGGUGAGGUUUAUGGUGCAGAUGAAUCCUCGGGAGACCACGAUUGUUUCUUGGAUAAAGCAUCUCAAAGAGGUCAAUUUGAGUGAGCCCGAAGGGCCUGAUCCGUCUGCUCCGGGUCUUGGCCUGUUCCGCACCGGUCUUGGGCUCUUCCGUCGUGGAUCCUUCGAGGGCCUGCUGGGCUCUGACAAUCAAAUAAGUGGUACAAUUCCGAGUCUCUCAUCCUCCUCCAUUGAGAUCAUAGAUCUUAGUUAUAAUCAAUUCUCAGGUCAUAUACCAUUAUUCCCUGCCAAUGCUGUCAAUAUUCAGUUGAGUGGAAAUAAGUUCUCUGGUACAAUUUCAUCUAUUUGCAAAACUAGCCACAAUGGCCUUAUGUUCCUUGAUCGCUCCAAUAAUCAGUUGGUUGGAAAGGUUCCCGACUGCUGGGAGAAAUUGCCGAACUUACACUCCCUCAAUUUGGCUAGCAACAAGUUUUCAGGUGAAAUUCCUCCUUCUUUGGGCAAUUUACAAAACUCUGUUGCACUGCAGAUGCAUGGUAAGGAAUCAGGAUACAAGACAAAUCUCGAGUUUCUCAAACUCAUUGAUUUUUCAAGUAAUAGAUUGAAGGGGAACAUACCCAAAUCAUUUUCCAAUAUGAAGGAAUUAAAUUCCUUGAAUCUAUCAAGAAAUAGUUUGUCGGGAAGUAUAAUUCCAGAUAUUGGUAAAAUGGAGAUGCUAGAUUCUCUUGAUCUAUCACAAAACCAACUCUCUGGCAAGAUACCAACAAGUUUGGCAGAAAUAUACACUCUUGGUUUUCUUGAUUUGUCGAACAACAGUUUGUUUGGAAAAAUUCCAACGAGUACUCAACUUCAGAGCUUCAGUGCAUCCGCUUAUGCCGGUAAUAAUGGUCUCUGUGGCGACCCUCUGCCAAAGUGCACCGAAGAUAGCUUGAGGCCAUCCACCACUAAUCCACCGGAUAACAUGAAUGAGAAAGACAACAAUAGCUUCUUUCUUAUGCAAGAAGUUGAUAUAUCAAUGGUCUUUGGUUUUAUCAUUGGAUUAUGGGAAGUUGUUGGUUCAUUUGUACUGAAGAAAUCAUGGAGAGAUGCAUUCUUCAACUGGUUGGACGUUGCUGGAGAUUGGUUCUACGUCAAAGGUGGUGUGCUUGUAUCCAAAUUCAGACCAAGUUGA